GGCGUUCACUCUGCAGCUCAGUCGGCUUUCGGCAGUGAGAGAGGCGAGAUGAGUGUGGUCUAGCUUUGCGCAAGUCGGCGCAGUCAAGCCCAGUGCUUUGUGCAGGGGAAGGAGGAAGGAUUCGGUGUGAAGUGUGACGACCAAGGAUUUCGCCGCACGUCUCACCGUGGAAGGAUACGCGAUUCCAGUCAUAUGGGGCCAUAUGAGCAGUGACAAGUCAUCACCCAACCCACCUCUGGCCGUACUGACCUGCUGAGCCCCGAGAAGAUUUAUAUAACUUUAUAUACUCCGAGUACCUUACCGCUACUUUGUGAUUCGUUAAUUUAUUUGUUGAUAGUUUUUUGUAUUUAUUGUGUUAUUUAUUGACUCGAGUGUUAAUUAACUUUGACGAAACAAUGGUGGAAAGUAUAUUAGAGGGAGCAGUGCAGCAAGGAGGAUUGGACGCCGCAUCUGCUCAGACGAAUGAAGUCAUGUCUGUUUUACGAGAUUCCCCAAGUAGCGAUGAUCUCGCUAAACGUAAGGAGGAGGCUAGGCGCAAAAGACGCAAGAAGAAGACUGCCACUAGUCUUGUGUCCUCGUGUUUCCAAGAUCUGUACAGGCUCACUGGGGAAGUUCUUGGAGAAGGAGCCUAUGCCUCUGUUCAAACCUGUGUCAACAUUUGGACUGACUUGGAGUAUGCUGUGAAGAUGAUAGAAAAAGUUCCUGGCCAUUCAAGAAGCCGUGUUUUCAAAGAGGUUGAGACUUUCCACCAUUGCCAAGGUCAUCCUAAUAUCAUUCAACUGAUAGAAUUUUUUGAAGAUGAAGAUAGAUUCUAUCUGGUGUUUGAGAAGAUAAAUGGAGGCCAGCUUCUCUCUCGAAUUCAAGAGAGGAAUCAUUUCACUGAAAGAGAAGCUAGUCAGAUAAUCUGUGAUCUCGCUAGUGCCCUGGAGUUCUUACACAAGAAAGGUAUUGCACACAGAGACUUGAAACCUGAGAACAUCCUUUGUGUUGAUCCUGAAAAAUUGAAUCCUGUCAAAAUUUGUGACUUUGACUUGGGCUCUGGCAUCAAAUUUAACUCUGCUCUGACUUCUCCUAUUGCCACUCCUCAGCUUCUUACACCUGUGGGAUCAGCCGAAUUUAUGGCUCCCGAGGUCGUAGAUGCAUUUGUAGGAGAGGCAAAUUCUUAUGACAAGCGCUGUGAUUUGUGGUCUCUCGGUAUCAUUAUGUACAUCCUGCUGUGUGGUUAUCCACCUUUCUACGGCAACUGUGGCAUGGACUGUGGCUGGGAACGUGGAGACAAUUGUUCUGCUUGCCAGGAUCUUCUGUUUACUAGUAUUCAGGAAGGUAGCUAUGAUUUCCCAGAAAGAGAGUGGGCUACUAUUUCUGAAGAUGCCAAAGAUUUGAUCAGAAGAUUGCUUGUGAAGGAGGCAAGGCAAAGAAUUUCAGCUGCUUCCGUUCUCAGUCAUCCUUGGAAUCAGCCAAGUCCUUCCUCUCGAGGACUUUACACACCACAUAUAAUUCGCCGAAACAACAGCGCAAGGGAUUUGUCUGCAUUUGCUGAGAGUGCUAUGGCUGUGAAUAGAGUAGUCCUUCAACACUUCAGCAUGAACAUGGAUCUUGUACCUCGAGAAGAAUACCACCCCAACAAGGCUUCCUGCAAAGCUGCUGCAACAGAUUCGUUGGACUCAGGACACAUGUUUGGUCUGUCUCCUCCAUCUGAAUCACGGCUUUUGCAGCGCCGUCUUCAAGCUAAUUCCGUCCCACUCGUCCCCUCACCAACAUGUUAGCAACUUCAUUGUCACCAUUGUACUGUUGAUCAUCCUCUCAAAAUGUUCUGUUAGUUCUUUUAGCCACAAAGUCCACUUUUUUUUUUUAUAAUGUCUUGAAUUUUGGAACAGUAAUAUGUGGUGAGAGGAAAGUGCUCAGUCUGUGUGUAAGAUGUGUGAAUGUGUGUGUGAGAGAGAGGUUUGUCCUUUGGCUUUGCAGUUUGCCAGCUUAAUAGCAGGAUAUUCAAUGGUCUUCUCUUAUAUCCAAGAGUUUCAUUUUUAUUUUCGUUAUUGACGUACAAUUUUUCUUUUUUCUUUGCCACUUGUUUGGUAGAAUUGUCAAGUAAAAUGUUUUUGUUCAUGAUUUUGGAUGUAUAGUUGCAUAUGCCUUCAAUGAGACCUCUCUCUAAAACUCUGCAUGAGUUUCUCCUGCCAAGUGAUAUGAAUGAAUAGACUGAUAAUUUUUAAUUAUGUUGGAAGUUUCCAGAUUGUGUGAACUGUAUGAUAAAGCGUGAAGGCUGGGUGCUCAGCGCUUGCAGCCAAAGACUUGUAUGAAUUUGUAAUUCUCCAUAAGUGAUUUAGAUGAUGGAAGCUUGUCCCUUCAUCUUGCUCCGUACUCUUACAAUGGUGCUGAUUGGGAUUUUGUUUAAAGUGAGAAAGAAUCUUCAUGUAAAUCCUCAGGGCAAUUUUGUAAUACAUUUCUGUAAUCAGUCCUUAUGACCUUUUCUUUAGCAUGUCAAGCCAAAGUUGUGAAGCCAUUAGCAUUUUCAAGUGCCCCAUACCAUCUUUGUAAUCAGUAGUAAAGAGAAAGGGGAAAUUUAAAUGCUUCAUGUAAAAUUGUAUGAACUUUCAAGUAUUAAUUUGAUAAGUACCUAUGUACUAAAACUUCUGAAAACUAACUACAAAUUUUUCACAUGGAAGAAAAAUGGAAAAAAAAAAUAAACAUUUCAAAACCA